CAAAAUGACAGUACCAAUCACUCAUAGGUAAGUUUACCAGUAUGGCAGUACUAGUCGCACUCAUAGGUAAGUUUACCAGUAUGGCAGUUCCAAUCACACUGGUUGGUAACGUAACCAGAAUGGCAGUACCAAUCACACUGGUAGGUAACGUAACCAGAAUGGCAGUACCAAUCACACUGGUAGGUAACGUAACCAGAAUGGCAGUACCAAUCACACUGGUAGGUAACGUAACCAGAAUGGCAGUACCAAUCACACUGGUAGGUAACUUAACCAAAGAGGCAGUACCAAUCAUACUGGUAGGUAACGUAACCAGAAUGGCAGUACCAAUCACACUGGUAGGUAACGUAACCAGAAUGGCAGUACCAAUCACACUGGUAGGUAACGUAACCAGAAUGGCAGUACCAAUCACACUGGUAGGUAACGUAACCAGAAUGGCAGUACCAAUCACACUGGUAGGUAACGUAACCAGAAUGGCAGUAACAAUCACACUGGUAGGUAACGUAACCAGAAUGGCAGUACCAAUCACACUGGUAGGUAACGUAACCAGAAUGGCAGUACCAAUCACACUCAUAGGUAACUUAACCAUAUGGGCAGUACCAAUCACACUGGUAGGUAACGUAACCAGAAUGGCAGUAACAAUCACACUGGUAGGUAACGUAACCAGAAUGGCAGUAACAAUCACACUGGUAGGUAACGUAACCAGAAUGGCAGUACCAAUCACACUGGUAGGUAACGUAACCAGAAUGGCAGUAGCAAUCACACUGGUAGGUAACUUAACCAGAAUGACAGUACCAAUCACACUGGUAGGUAACGUAACCAGAAUGGCAGUACCAAUCACACUGGUAGGUAACGUAACCAGAAUGGCAGUACCAAUCACACUGGUAGGUAACGUAACCAGAAUGGCAGUACCAAUCACACUGGUAGGUAACGUAACCAGAAUGGCAGUACCAAUCACACUCAUAGGUAACGUAACCAGAAUGGCAGUACCAAUCACACUGGUAGGUAACGUAACCAGAAUGGCAGUACCAAUCACACUGGUAGGUAACGUAACCAGAAUGGCAGUACCAAUCACACUGGUAGGUAACUUAACCAUGGGGGCAAUACCAAUCACACUGGUAGGUAAGGUAACAAGAAUGGCAGUACCUAUCACACUCAUAUGGACGCUUACCGGAAUGGUUAUAUGAAUCACACUCCUAGAGUAUAAGCGUGCUACAAUGUGGGUUCACAGAGAAAUCGAUAAAAAGCUACGCACGCUAUAAAUGCAUACGACAGCGACAUACAUGUUUAAACUUCAUGAAUGGAUAAGCGCCUGCCUCCUCGGUUUUGCACCUUAGUGCAAAAAGAGAACAAUACAAAAACAUAUGUUUAUUGAGGUACUUUGUUCCUCUUCCUCAGUCCUCGCUUUAAUGGUGGGAAUGGCCUUCUACUACC